AUGGGGGCAGCGGAGGAAGCAGUGGGGGCGGUGGCGGAGGAGGAGGCGGUGCUGGGGCCGGCGCAAGGGGCGGCGGAGGAGGCGGAGGAGGUGGUGGUGGUGGUGGUGGUGGUGGUGGGGCCGACGCAAGGGGCGGCGGCGGAGGAGGAGGAGGCGGAGGAGGUGGUGGUGGUGGUGGUGGGGCCGGCGCAAGGGGUGGCAGUGGAGGAGGUGGCGGUGGGGCUGGCGCACGGGGCGGAACCGGAGGCGGAGGGGGGAGCGCUGGAGGGUCCGGAGCCGCGGGAGGAAGGAACCCAUCCUCUGGUCCUCCAUACAGCUCUGCCGGUGGGUCUAGAGGGGUGGGCUCCGGCGGCUGGAACAACGACUACUACGAUGGAUAUGAAGCAGGAGGAGUGCAAGGGCACCGAAAUGGCCGCAAUGGAGUUUGGAUGGUCUCAGGUUAAUUCAGGAGCUUGUAUCAACUGA